AGUCGACAUCGAAUUCCUUCUCCCAUGACAUCAAUCGAUCAGCGUCGAACAGGAAAAAGGAUUCCUACAGACGAGCAGAGAGUCUCAAAAUGGCCGACUACGAUUCCGACUCGUCGAAUGAUGACCUUGAUGGCAAUGACAUGCUCACGGACGUCCUGCUGGGCUACUCCACCACAGCGGACGAUAAUGUCAGCGGGCAUUUGGGCGGACACCCGUCGUGGUUCGACGAGUCGAGUCUGCCCAAUGGAGCAUUGGCCAAAUGCAAGGUAUGCAACACACACAUGAGUCUCAUCGCCGAAGUCGACGCCACCCUCCCGGGCUGGGACUAUGAACGACGACUGUAUGUCUGGACCUGUCGGAGGAAAGCCUGUCGACGAAAGGAAGGUAGUAUCAGAGCGUUCCGAGGUCUUCGGAAACCGGAAGCUUCUAAGCAGCGCCCUGUCAAGGACGACAACUCGAUCAAGACCAAGGCCGAGCCUGCGCCGAAAGCACCAGUGAACCUCGGAGAGUCUCUCUUCGGUGUGAAACCUUCCUCUUCGACGGCGAACCCGUUCGCGACAGGCUCGUCUCUGAACGGAGGGAAUCCAUACAAUCCAUUUUCCACCGUCCCCAGGACGAGCGAUUCCAAACACAACGACAUCGAAUCCACCACACCAGCAUCGCCCUCGACCGCACUUCCCGAGACAUUUGCACAGAAAGCCCGCCUCUCCGCCGCAGAAGAAGAAGAAGCAGCCUCCAAGCCACCACACGCCACGGCGACGAAGAAACCACACGGCCCCCCCGAACCCUGGCCCGGCCAAUCCUCCUUCCCCAAACCCUUCCCGCGGAGCACGAUCGAGUGCGAGUCCGAAUACAUCAGCCGACCGCCGGCCGUCGACCCGUCCCCCGGCGGCGGCGUGCCGAUCUCCACGGACGCCGACGGAGGGGACAUCCUCGCCGACAAGUCCGCCUUCGAGAGCACCAUGGACCGGACCUUCCAACGCUUCGCGGACCGGCUCGCGGAGAACCCCGAACAGAUCCUGCGGUACGAAUGGCGCGGCCAGCCGCUCCUGUACACGAAGAAGGACCGGAUCGGGAAACUCCUCUCGCCUCAUCCCGCCGCCGCCGCCGCUGCUGCUUCGGCCUCGAUCGACGGCAAGAUCAAACUCGCCGCCUCGUCCUCCUCGUCAUCACAGGCCAUCUUCAGCGCCCGCGUGCCCCGCUGCGAGAACUGCAAUGCCAAGCGCGAGUUCGAGAUGCAGAUCACGCCCUACGCCAUCCUCGAAUUGGAGAAGGAGGAUGGUGAAGGUGAGGAUGGUGGGGAGGCGGUGGGGCUGUUGGACGGCAUGGAUUGGGGCACGAUCCUCGUGGGCGCCUGCGGGGAGGACUGCGCGGAGGUCGGGAGGAAGGCGGACGAGGUCGGGUAUGUGGAGGAGUGGGUGGGCGUGCAGUGGGAGGAGUUGGUGGCGCCGUCGGCGGGGAGGAGGUAAGGAGGGAGAGAUGAUGGUUCGCGUUUCCUCCUCUGGAUUGGGAGCCGCGAAGGGGGAGAGAGAGGGGAUUAAUCAGCGGAGUUGGCGGAAUAUGAGGUCUGAAUGCAUGGCGGAGACGGGAGGGUUUUGGAUAGUAUCGGUGUUGGUGUUGCGGUCAACAUCUGAGUGACUUGGGUUACUGGGGAAAUGGACUGUGGAAGAGGCAGCGGGUGGACGAAUGCUUCAGAUGAUCCAUGCUGCCUAUGGGUUGAGCACGUCAGGGACAGCCACGUCGAAGGCAUUCGUCAUUUCUUACUAUCCAUGAACAGCUUGCUUGAAUCAAAUCAAACACGAGACAUGAGAUAGGAGUGGGAGAA